AAAAUCUUUGAAAAAGUUUUAAAAAAAAAAUUCAAGCGAACACUUUUUGGGGAAACACAAGAAUUAAGUUGCAUUGCGUAAGAUAAUUUUUGAAAAAUUUCAACCAAACGCCAAGUUUCUUGAGAUCUUAAGCAAUAGAGGACCUUCCAAUAAGAGACCUCACAUGCUAGUUUAAGAACAUUGUAUUCUACUAUGAGUAUUUUACGAGGACCUGGGAGUUAAAGUCCAGGCGCUUGCCCGUUUCAUCAUUAUUCUUGAAACUCUGCUUUGCAUUAUAGAUUGACUUCAACAAGUUGGUAAUCAGAGCAGUGACAGAACUAUAAACUUUGAACUGCAUGCAUUUUUUUAGGUAGAAGCUAACAAGGAAUGGCUUUUAAUUACGGAUUCAUGUUACUUUCUCUUUGAUCUUACGAAUGCAUUUUGAGUUUUCCUUCAUAGUAUCUAGACUUGACAAUAUGCUACCAAAUACCAAUGCCUACCAUCAUGUGGAGCAUGUCAAGAAAAAUUGAGUGAACGGGAUUGGCUACCUAGCUAGAAAAGUAAAGUGCUGGAUUAGUUUGCUAUCACUGUAUCACGGGUGACUAGGCCAGUCAGCUGCUGUAGAACAAAUUUGGCUACUUUCGAUGUAAAGGAGAAAAGGGAAGUAUCCUUGUUGGCUACAGAAGUGUUGUUCAUAUGGCAAGGAGUUAUGGGCCUUAUUUUGAUCCUGAAUAUGAGACUUUAAGUAUCAGAAUAAAUCCUCCAAGGGUAUCUGUGGACAAUGCGAGUUGCAAGGAUUGCACUCUAGUAAAGGUAGACAGUAUCAACAAACCUGGAAUACUGCUGGAAGUGGUGCAAAUCCUGACAGACCUUGAUCUUGUAAUUACCAAAGCCUACAUAUCCUCCGAUGGCGGGUGGUUCAUGGAUGUAUUUCAUGUUAUUGAUCAACAUGGCAACAAGGUUACAGACAGCAAUACCAUUGGUCACAUAGAAAAGGCUCUAGGACCUGAAGGUUACACAUCAGGGAUAUUGAAGACUCGGCCAGGUAGAAAGGUAGGAGUGAACUCUGUGGGUGAUUACACCACCAUUGAGCUUAUAGGGAGGGAUCGUCCGGGUCUGCUAUCAGAAAUUUCUGCUGUUCUAGCCAAUCUUCAUUUUAAUGUUGCUGCUGCCGAAGUUUGGACUCAUAAUAGGCGCAUAGCAUGUGUCCUUUAUAUUAAUGACAACUGUUCAUCCCUUGAUGAGGAUGAGGAACCGAGAUUGUGUGUCAUGGAAGAGCAACUCAAUAACAUUCUUCGUGGACGUGAGGAUGAUGAGAGUGGGGCAUAUGCUACUUUCUCAGUUGGUAGUACUCAUGUUGAUCGGCGGCUUCAUCAGAUGUUCUUUGCUGAUAGGGACUACGAAGGUGGUUGCCUCGAAAUGGAGAUAGAUCAAUACCCUCCUAACUCCAAACCAGAAGUCAGAAUUGAAAGCUGUGUCGAGAAAGGGUAUUCAGUGGUCAGUGUAAGUUGCAAGGAUAGACCAAAGCUUAUGUUUGACAUUGUAUGCACCCUCACAGACAUGCAGUAUGCUGUUUUCCAUGCCACUAUCUCAUCAGAUGGUCCCUCUGCAUCACAGGAAUAUUUUAUUCGCCACAUGGAUGGUUGCACUCUGGAAUCUGAAGAGGAGAAGGACAAGGUUGUGAAGUGUCUUGAAGCUGCGAUUCGGCGAAGGAUAAGUGAGGGUUUCAGCCUAGAGUUAUGUGCCAAGGACCGAGUUGGUCUACUUUCUGAAGUUACAAGAGUCCUACGAGAAAAUGGGCUAUCAGUUACUAGAGCUGGCGUCACAACUAUUGGAGAGAAAGCAAAGAAUUUCUUCUACGUAAGGGAUGCAUCUGGAAACCCUGUAGAGAUGAAGACGAUUGAAAGACUGCGUGAAGAAAUUGGUCAGACAAUGAUGCUUAACGUGAAGAAAGUCCCGACAUCUGCAAAGGUACCUGAAACUGGUGGUCUGGCUAAGACAAGCUUUUUCUUUGGAGGCUUACUGGAAAAGUUCCUAACUUAAUAGUUCAUCUUAAACAGAGAUGUAUCUACUUGUAUAGAAGAAUAAAACACUUUUAAGUCAAGUUUGUAAAUGUGGCUAGGUUUCCCUGUAAAAUACAUGUAGAUACAUUGGAUAGUUAUCCUAGUCAGGAUAAACAAAGGGAAAAACGAAGCAGUCCCUCUCAGUCUCUUAUUCUAUGCUGAAGUCUGGAAGAUUAUCAGAUGACUGUGUAUUGUUCUUGCACAAUAAAUUGAAAGACGACAAUCUAUUCGAGA